AUGCACAAUAUGAAGGCCGUAAAAGAAAGGAUUGCUCAACUAGAAUUUGGAAAGAAAUUUCAAGAAGAAACAGGUGCAACUUCGACUGGACAUACACAGCAUUCGGCGGCGAAAGAUGAAUAUCUUCAAAAGAAAAACCACCUGAGGGAAGAUUUGAUAGGUCUCUACAGAGAAGAGUACCAUACCCUACCACUGUCACCUUUAUUGGAGGAAAAUGACACGCCUCUCCUUGAGUUCUACGUCAUACCAGACAUAGAGUCAGUGGAAAUUCAGAGGGGGCGUGGAGGGCAAAGAAAAUUUGAUCAAAAGGGUUGUUUUGAACCGAUGUUUUCUGGAACCAGUGCAGACAACGAUGCUCCUGGGCUGACCGUGUGA